AGUCACCGGAAUUCUGAAUGGUUUCACCUGUGUGUUUAUGUCAUGUGUCUAGUUUAGUAUAGUAUAUAAGCCCGGGCUUUAGCACAGGGUAUUUGUGAGGUAUUGCUUCAUUAUUGAACUUACUGAGCGUUUCUUCUGUUUUGCCAUACUCUGUUUAUUGACCCUUAUCUUCUUUCUUUGACUCUGUUUUUGCCUUUUUGUACCUUUGAUGGAUUUUUGGUGGAUUCUGAACCUUUUUGCCUGCAUUUUCGACUCUGUCUUUUGUCUUGCCCUCUGGAUUUUGUUUGUCUGGUGUUAUGAUCACAUUCGUGAUCAAAUAUCGCUUCCUGGUUUUGACCCACGCUUGUACUUUGUCUACGACCCUGCCUGGUGUAAAUGAAGCCUGUCUUCUCACUUUUAUCCGCACGUGUCUGAACAUCGCUGAAUGGUUACAUCAUUUGGUAGCAAGAGAGCUGAGGCUGACGGUGAGAGCCACCCUAGCCUGAGGGCAAUGUUUUCCCCUUUUCUGUGUGCUGUUCUGUGAUGAGUGAAAUAAAGCCGAGUUAUGGACAGACAUUUUGAUGUCUCUGAGUUUCUCGUCCUGUACGAUAUUACACGGCAAACAUUUCCUUAGCAUUGAGAUAAGCACUGAGUUAUAAAUGAACAUGAAUUGUCAUAAUGAGUGCUGGACCUGCUAGAGUUCAGUCUGUUUGCAUGUAUUUGUUUUAGACCCCAAACAAAGCCUUUAACACAAUGCAAACUUGUUUGGAGCUCAGACGGAGACAUUUGGAGUUAAGUCCCUCCUACUUGGACUUGGUCCAGCUUGCAGCAAUACGUACUUUCAUUUUCCGUGGAAAGCAGUGUGUAAGCCACUCUUCCUGCGGGGUACAGAAACGUCUUUCAGAAGAGGAAGGAACAGUGAACACCAACUGCACUCCACGACGAAAACAACAGCUCUUCAUUUCAGGUGAAUAAUUCAGUUCGCUUUAAAGAUGUCUGACACUGCUGCUUCGCUCUCUAACACUGGGGGUGGCUACACCAUUGUGACCCACGUGAUCUCCCCACGAACAUCAACUGAACCUGGGCAAAUUGUGUCCACUGGAGGUCCGCUUCAGAAAUUUCUGAAAGGAAAACCAAAAUUAUUAGGAAGUGUUCAAAUUACCAUCGGUUUGUUGACACUCUUGCUUGGUAUUUUGAUGAACUUAAGUAUGCCCGGGUUCACUGUCUUCGGUGGAAUUGCAUUUUUGGGUGCUUUCAUGUAUAUCAUCACCGGCUCUCUGGCUGUUUCAGCAAGUAAAAACCUUCAUCGCUGUGUGGUGACGGGUGCUCUGGUGAUGAAUGUGAUAAGCACAAUAACUGCAGCAAUAACCAUCACCCUGUUUUCACCGGUUUUUGUAUCUGACAAUGGUUGUUCAAUGAGCCCAGACUUUGUGAUUAUAUUGCUGGUGAUUUGUUCCAUAAUUCAGUUCAUCAUCUCCAUCUGUGUCUCAGCCUUUGCCUGUAAAGCCACCUGCAGCACUGGACCUUCUGUGAAUAUCAUUGUGGCUCCAAACCAAGCAGGAUGUCCUGUAUACACCAGUGAACAGCAUCCACUGUAUGAAGUUAACAGUGCCGCCAUUUACAGUCCACUAAUGGAAAGUCCUCCACCAUACAGUGAGAAAGGACAACCAGAUAAUUGAGACUAUAUCUCCAGAUUAGACCACAAUAACAUUAUAUCUGCACUGCUGUUAUAGAAGUACACAUAUGUUUUUAUCAUAAUACAUGCUACAUUGCUAAUUUUAUUUUUAUUGUACAGCCUGUAAUUUUAUUUAUAUGAUGUUUGAUGUCAGUUUUUUUCAUUUUUUUUUCUUCAAAGUAUUAAGAUGGACUGCACUAAUGCAAGGAUGUUUCAAUAAUGCAAUCACAAUGUAUAUAAUUCGUUUUUUAAGUAAAUCAAUUUUCAAGAUGCAUUUUCAUCCAAAGUAUUGUUAGAUUGUAUUUUAUAUCAUUUGGACACAUUG